UGGGCGUGGCCUCUGGUGAAGGGGCGUGGCUUGCGGUUGAUUACAUUGUAGCAUCCGCUUUCCGGGUCGGGCUGAGCCGAAGCGAGCCGGUCCGAGGCGAGGCGAGCGAUGGGGCAGAUCGAGUGGGCCAUGUGGGCUAACGAGCAGGCGCUGGCGGCCGGGCUGAUCAUGCUGACAGGUGGGAUCGUGGCCGUGGCGGGGCAGUUCAAGGGCUGGUACUUCGCGGCAUACGCUAUCGCGGCAGGCGUCUUGGUCUGCCUGCUCGAGUACCCCAGGAGCAAGCGGAAAAAGGGCUCCACCAUGGAGAGAUGUGGCCAGAAGUACCUGACAGCCGUGGUGAAGGUGUUUGGGCCCCUCACAAGGAAUUAUUAUGUUCGAGCCAUCCUGCACGCUGCCCUGGCUGUCCCUGCUGGUUUUCUCCUCUCCACCAUUCUGGGCACGGUCUGCCUGGGCAUCGCGAGUGGCAUCUACCUGCUGGCAGCGGUGCGUGGGGAAGAGUGGAGGCCCAUUGAGCAGAAGCCUCGGGAGCGGCCACACAUGGGGGACACCAUCAAACAGCCACCCAGCAACCCCCCACCCCGGCCCCCGGCUGACGCCCGCAAGAAGCAGCCAGCGGAGGUCGGGGGGCAGGUGAACCCCAUCCCCAUCGAGGCUGAGUAACGGGGGAAGCUCCUCCUGCUGCUGCCAUGCUGCUCGUGCUCCCGCUUCCCAGCUGCAUCCUGGCCCCUCGGGGGUGAAAACGGGGUGCCCAGCUCCUGGGGAUCCCCAAAUCUCCAGAGAUGCUCAGCUCUUCGGGGGGAGGUCUCAGCUCCUGGGAAUUCCUGCAUCGCUGGGGAUCACUAUUUUCUUCUGGGCUCCGCAGCUCCCUAAGUGAUCCCCAAAUCCACAGGGAUGCUCAGCUCUCUGCGGGAUCCCCAGCUCCUCAGGGGUCUCCAAAUCCCCAAGGAUGCUCAGCUCCCUGAGACAGCCCCAGCUUCUGGGAGUGCCCAGCUUCCCAGGGGAUCCCCAGCUCCAUGUGGGGCUCCCCAGCUCCGCUGGGAUCUCCAAAUCCCCAAGGAUGCACAGCUCCCGGGGGAUCCCCAGGUGUCAGGGGCUCUCCAGCUCUCCAAGCAGCCUUCGGGAUUCCAAAUUCCUGGGGAACCCCAGUUCUCCAGGGGAUUCUCAGGCCCCACAGCCUCACAGGGAUUGGGGUGGGAUCAGCUCUGCUCCCUGCACCGGCUCUCGCUGUUUAUUGUCACUUCUGUGGUUGCUGUUGCAAUAAAAGGUGGGAAAGGCUCCGGCUCCCCUU